AUGCAAAUUACAAAUAUGCUUAUUUUAUUAGCAGUUGCUUUUAUUGCUUUUGCUUCUGUAACAGAAGCUAUUUCAUGUAGUAAUCCAAGUCAGUAUAGUGGAAGACUUCUUUGUGAUCAUGCAGGUGGUUAUUGUGGUGAAUGUGUUAGCUUUGUUAAAGUUUGCACUGGUGAUCGACGCACAACAAGCCAAUGGUCAGCUGGAGUAAAAGUUCGUGGAGCAAGUAUUGCAUCUGGCACAGCAAUUGCAACAUUCCCCAAUGGUAAGUAUUCAGGUCAUGCAGCUAUCUAUACUGGCCAAAAUAAUGAUGGUAUUCAAGUUUGGGAUCAAUGGGUUGGCCGUCCUGUUGCAACUCGAACAAUUCGUUGGAAUGGUAGUGGAAUUUCAAAUAAUGGUGAUAGUUUUUUUGUCAUUGUUUAA